UAUCACGCCGCUCCUGUAGUCCUCGGGUCUCCCACCUAAAAGUGCCAGUAAGAACCAAGGGUGAAACUGAUGAUAGCUACCUGUUUAUGUUGCAGCCACAUGACGCUUGUGGUUAAGGGAUCAACCUAAACACAAACUGAAGAGAGGUCAACACGCCCAUAAACCAGCAACGAAUGCACUUAAAAUUCCACUUGUCCACGUGUGACAUCACUAUAGCAACCAAGGGCACGCAAGGAGAAGUGUUCGAGGUGGAUCAACAUCGGAAAGAGAGAGUCGGGGCACCGGCGAGCUCCGCAAAGAGUCGGGUAAAUGCCAGCUGCUCUUUGCCACCUGUAGCCUACACGUAGUGGAGCGCUGUUGGAGACUUGGCACCCUGCCUGGAGACACUUACAACAAAGCCUAGCUGAGUGGAACGCGACACCUGUUCGUGGAAUGGUUUUUGUUUCAUCAUCCGCCAACUGAAUGAAACUGCAGGAAUACAACAAUAUGCACUGUUGAAGAUCUAUCUACUGUGCGUUUCUGAAGCCAUGCCACUGAAAGAGAACAUGGGUGUCAUCACCGUCCACAAAAGAGUUACUCCUGCAUGCCUCAUCAGAUCAAAGUCACCAGUGAGUAUCAACAGGGAGCCUCUGCCCUCAGCAUCAGAUGGGAGACCGGUGCUGUACCUUAAAGGGAAGCCCCUGAACAAAGCCACAGACAAGAGCUGUUGGGCUGGCCAGACCACCUGGAUCUCCUACAACUCACUCAGGAAACAGCUUGAGGCGGAGCAGCAGGAUCUGAAGGCCAUCGCCCAGCCCUUACUGGACACAGAAAACACAUUUGUGAAGCGGGACGUGGAGCAGAUGUUGUGUCGUCAGCAAACGCAGGACCAGUGUCGGCGGGAGUUGCUGUACAAGUGCUGGUCGGAGGAGGUGUGGACCCCCAUCCAGCGUGGCGUGGAGCAGCACAUGGCCCAGGUAGCUGGCCAGGGGACCCAGAGGCUGAGGAGCAUGCUGCUGCACUACAUCCACCACUGCAACGCCAAGGGGUAUGUGUUCUUGGACACCUACGACCCCCAAGAGUACAACCCCUUCCUGUUAAACACCAUUCAUCCCUACACCUCCAAGGUCACAACCCCAGCCUUGAAGGACCCCCUGUUCAUACAAUCACGAGACAGGAUUAAGGAAAAGAGGGUGGUCCUUCGCUGCCAAACAGGCCAGGUGUACACAAGGAAGCAGGUGGAGGAGAUCCUGAGGCGGAGCCUCCACUCUAGCCCGCGGUGCCGCUCUCAUGACCCCAGGCUCCAGGCCCCGCCCCUGGGCAUGCCACCGGAGAGAGACGUCCCCCCCUGGAGGCCAAACAGCAGGGGCAAGAACCUCCUGUACGGCACCUCAGAGGACGCAAGAUGUUACGAGCGACAGUGCUGGUCCACUACAAGACACUGACCAGCACAAUUAAAAACCUGCCCUCUGGAACGCAUGACCUCAUAUUCGUUCACUUCUUGGUGCUGUUGUAAGGUUCACAUGACGACAUGACUGCACCUCCUGCAGUCAGGAUGCUGAGCCGCAUCUGAGCAUGUCAUAGUGCAUCCUCUUUAACCCAUGGGGCUACACCGGUCACAUAGCAAAAGCGCUCCGUUUGCGUUGUGUCUGCUGCAACAAUUAGCUUCCACUCUAAUCAAUGAAACUGGCUACACCAGACGAGUACAUU